AUACUAAUAGCUAGUAUUAAAGCCAUGCCAAUCCUGUAGCAUCGAGUCAUCCUGCCAGUGUUUUCUCUCCAAUCAUGCUUAACUUCCCUUGGGUUCGACGUAUCCUACCUCGAACUGGCACGCAGAAAGAGAGAACACCAUUUCUCGAACGAAGGCUUGGGGUAUGGCGCGUACUGAUCGCCGCUGACGAAUCAUCAUCAUUCAGGCUCCCCAAUCUUCAUUGGGGUCCUGUAUCGACAUACAUCCCCCUCUUGACUCGCGCAUACAAGGAUGUUUACUCUGUCAGUCCAAAGUUGUUUUGGGUCCUGAUGGCUACGAAUCUCUGGUAUGCGAUCGAGGACUCACUGUCCCUCUAUUUCUCAAACCGCCUUUUACUUCUUAUCCAACACUCUGUUUUGGAAGGCAAGAUUCACACGAGUCUCGACAAAGAUCUAUGUAUAGCCAUCAUCGCUCGAGCUUCAUGCUCCGUGUUCAGCGGAUUUGUGCAGUGGACUUCCAAUGGUGUAAAGGAUCAAUACCGCGUGCUCGCCCCAAAUCUCGCUCGUGACAUUGAGGCGUCCCAAGAUAACGAGGCGGGUCUUACAGUCAACCCUAGCCAAGUGUUUGACUCCCUUUUACGAUUACUCGACCUUGGAAAGCAGAUUAUUUCGUCUCUACUCCAAUUGCGAUUAUUGCUGCAUCUCCUAGGCUCCGAAUUUGCGAGUGCUGGACUUGCCUCGAUCGUAAUAUGUUUUUUGCCCAUGAUAUUGGACAAUAUGUGGGGCAAUAAACCCUGGGGCAAAGCUUACGUGAAACAGGCAGUCAAUGACGACUACCUUCGGCAAGAGGCCUUGACCUCACUUACGAAACAUACAUACAAAGCUGAGGUGAUGGGAGGUAAUUUAUCAGGUUAUCUUUUAAAUGGUCGUGUGUUGAAGUACCAGAAGGUGCACGACGCACUUAGUCACAUACCUAACGGGGACGUCGAGGAUCUGUGGAAAAGAUCAACGACCGCUCUGCCUAGUAUGUUCUCGAACCUCUGCAAUGACGGACCCAUGCUCUAUAUCGGGCUGUUGGCUCUCAUGAAUCCAAGUCAGGUAUCUGUCGUUCAGCUAGCUAUGCUACAACAAACUGCCACACGUCUUCGAUACACGUUUAUUUUCGCCAAGCGCAUAAUUACCAUUUAUCCGAUUGAAUUGGCCGGCUUGAAUAAUUUCUACAGACUUCUCGAUCUGAAGAACAAGAUGAAAGACGGCUGUAUGCCGUAUUCGCCGGCAGCGGGUUCUUCGGGUCUCUCGUUAGAAGUUCGAAACGUAUCGUUUAACUAUCCGGGCGCCAAGUCAGAAAGAGAUGCAUUGAAGGAUGUUUCUUUUUCGAUAAAAGCAGGUCAAUUGGUGGUCAUCGUCGGCGCAAAUGGCUCAGGAAAAUCGACCAUACUCAAGCUGCUGACUCGCUACUACGACACUACCUCAGGCACUGUCGUAAUCGAUGGAAAUCCCAUCGAAGAUUAUCGAAUUGCAGACUUGCGGUCUGUGACAGCUAGUCUAACGCAGGAGCACACCUUAUUCCCCCUCUCAAUGAGCGAGAACAUCGGAAUCGGGUCACCAUCAUCUGUAACAAAUCUUGAGAAAAUUGCUCAAGCGGCGAAGUUAGCUGGUGCGCAGGACGUUAUUCAGAACUUCACCGACGGAUAUGACACUGUUCUUGAACCUGUCAAGACUGCCCAAAUUAGCCUUACAGGGAGAAGGAACGAGGACCUAAAAAAGGAGUACGAGAAGAUGGAGAAAACAACAAACGUGUCUGGUACGUCUCAUUCGCUAGGAUGGUGCGUGUACUAAUGACGCUUAGGCGGAGAGAAACAAAGACUGGUUGCGUGAGUCCACUCAUCCUGCGUCAUUGACGUUUAAUUAACUCGCGCAGCUCCCGGACGUUUAUGCGUAUGCUGUC